UUUUCAGUACCAUGGGUCAAAACCAACAGUGAGUGACACUAGAUCCUUUGUUUUUAAAUUAUUUUUUUCCUAUGUUUACAUUGUAAGUACUACAUAAUGUUUCGAAAUAAUAUUUUUGAAAACAUUUAAUAAUUUUUCAUGUUUUUACAGGGGUUCGUAAUAGCACAUUCCAACCAUGUGCAUAUAAGUGACCUAACCUUCAUAGACAGCCCUCAAAUGCAUAUGGCGUUGGAAAGGUCGACAUGGGUAUAUGUUUAUAAUCUCACCAUCACUGGCCCCGGCGAUAGCCCAAAUACUGAUGGCAUACACAUUCAACAUUCCACACAUGUCUUCAUAAGCCAAACUCACAUUGGGACUGGUGAUGAUUGUAUUUCCAUCGGAGAUGGUUCAUCAUAUCUCAGCAUUAGCAUGAUCACAUGUGGACCAGAUUCCUUCUUUGGUAAAAGUAUUGGAAGUUUAGGUAUAAAAGAGCAAUAUGAGACAGUAGAGAAUGUCUAUGUAAGCAAUGUGGAAUUCAGAGGAACUUCAAACGGAGCAAGAAUCAAGACAUGGCAGGUAAUUUGUGAACACAUGAUUAUUAGAGUCAUGAUAUCAAGAAUAGGAGGGAGCGGAUUUGCUAGGACAAUUGUGUUUGAGCAUAUAAGAUCCAUUGGUUCAGUUCAUCCCAUCAUCAUCAAUCAAUACUAUUGUGACCACACACAUUGCAAAAAUCAAGUGAGCAUUUCUUACUCUAUGACUAUGACUCUUUUUUUAGUUGGAUUUUUUAGUUUUGUACUCAAAAAUAGUAAUUUUUUGAUCUUUUCAAAAUACAUUAAUCUAACUUAACAUUGUGAUUAAUGUAAUUAACUUUCUCAGAAAUCAGCCAUGCAAAUUAGCAAUAUCAGAUACAGUUAUAUUUACGGGACGUCGAAGGAAGAUACAGCGAUACACUUUGCAUGCAGUGAGACAGUUCCAUGCAAAGAUAUUGUGUGUGUCAAUUUUCGACCACACUGCCAACUUAGUACUCAAUUGGAGAACACCGGCAGAAUAGGUUAAGCCCGAACGACCUGCAACAGAA